CAAGGGCCGUGGGACCCUGGAGGCUUUGAAACAGGACAAUGGGCUGGCUAGACAGGUGCAGGCUAUGGCCAGGAAACCCCUCAAAUACAACGGAAUUGAAAGACUCCUGUUGGAAUGCUGGCCCCCGCUGGAACCACCAUGAUCCCGAUUCACCCAGGAGGGGGCCACCCUCCUGUCCAGCCCCCCAAGAGCAGCAGGGCUCCCUCUUGCCCUUGAACCUCCUCUGCCCUGAGAGGCGGGGUCACCCAGGGCUCAGGAUCCUGGCUUCCAGCAUUCCAGAGGUGACUCACCAACCAAAGUGUCACCAACUGAAGGACCUUGCACAAAUGCACCAGCCUCCCCAUGCCUCAGUCUCCCCAUCUGUAAAUGAGUGUUAUGACAGUACUGUCAUAACCUCCCUGGAGGACCCAGGUGGUCUGUUGGUGACAUUGUCCCUCUGUUGGCUGCAGACGCAUCUUCUCUCCAGAUUGCCGAUCCCAGAAAGCCAGGUGAUCACCAUUAACCCUGAGCUGCCUGUGGAGGAGGCGGCUGAGGACUACGCCAAGAAGCUGAGACAGGCAUUCCAAGGGGACUCCAUCCCGGUUUUCGACCUGCUGAUCCUGGGAGUGGGCCCCGAUGGUCACACCUGCUCACUCUUCCCAGACCACCCCCUCCUCCAGGAGCGGGAGAAGAUUGUGGCUCCCAUCAGUGACUCCCCGAAGCCACCGCCACAGCGUGUGACCCUCACACUACCUGUCCUGAAUGCAGCACGAACUGUCAUCUUUGUGGCAACCGGAGAAGGCAAGGCAGCUGUUCUGAAGCGCAUUUUGGAGGACCAGGAGGAAAACCCGCUGCCCGCCGCCCUGGUCCAGCCCCACACCGGGAAACUGUGCUGGUUCUUGGACGAGGCAGCCGCCCGCCUCCUGACUGUACCCUUCGAGAAGCAUUCCACUUUGUAGCUGGCCAGAGGGACGCUGCAGCUGGGACCAGGCACGCGGCCCAAGGGGCUGGGCCCCUGCUGGCUGCCACUCUCCGGGCUCUCCUUUCAAAAAACCACGUGGUGCUGCUGCUGGAAGCCAACAGCCCGGGGCUCAACACACAGGCUGUGGCUCUGGACAUCCAGAUAUUAAAAGGAGUGUUGCUGGAA